AUGGCUUUCUGCAAGCUAAACGUACUACAAUCCCUUUCCUUCAAUCUCAUAUCCUUCCUUUUCUUCGCUUUGCUCCUCCUUGCUUUUUCGAACCCCUAUGCCUUGAGUUCCAUCAGCACUGGCGGCACCAGUUUUGUUGCUGUGGACCAAGCUGAUUCUCUCCUCAAAUGGAAAUCUAGUCUCAACAACCAAAGCCAAUCUGUACUCCAUUCAUGGAGACUAGUUGAUCCUAAUUCCACCAAUUCCUCUACAAGGUCUGACCCGUGCAUGAGUUGGAUUGGAAUUUCUUGCAAUCAAAGGGGAAGUAUCACUGAAAUUAACUUACCGAGUAUGGGCUUGCAAGGUAUGGUUAAGAACUUCCCCUUUCCUUCAUUUCCUGCUCUUAAACGUCUAGAUCUCAUUAAUAACACACUUCUUGGCUCUGUUCCAUCCAACAUUGCUAACCUUUCAGGUAUCUACUACCUUGAUCUGUCCAUAAAUCAAUUCUCUGGAGUAAUUCCAUUGGAAAUCUGCUUACUUACCAAUCUUAAAAUCUUGUAUCUUGAUCAGAAUAAUUUCAGUGGAUCGAUACCUUAUGGAAUUGGAAGAUUGAAAAAUCUUACUGUUCUCACCUUGUUCUCUAACAACCUCUAUGGUUCCAUACCUGCAUCUAUAGGUAAUUUGAGCAAUCUAAGGCAGCUCUCUUUGUACCAAAACAGUCUCAAUGGUUCAAUCCCUGUAUCUAUAGGUAAGUUGAUAAAUCUGCACUUUCUAUACCUAUAUGAAAAUCAACUUUCAAGUUCCAUUCCUCAGGAAAUAGGAAAUUUGUCAAAACUCAAUUCUUUAAGCCUUGAAAGUAAUAAUCUUGUAGGUUCCAUUCCCGGAGAAAUAGGAAAUUUGAAAUCAUUAAGUGAUCUAUACUUUCCUCUCAACAAUCUCAAUGGCUCAAUCCCUGUUUCUUUAGGUAAUUUGAGAAAUCUAACCAUUUUACACCUCUCUGAGAAUCAAUUGUCUGGUAUGAUUCCUAUAGAAAUUGGAAAUUUGACGAGUCUGACCGACAUUGAAAUUUCAUUCAAUCGUCUAACUGGAAGCAUCCCUUCCACUUUGGGAAACCUUCGGAAGCUCACCAAUUUGAACUUGCUGAAAAAUCAACUCUCUGGAUCACUCCCUCAAGAAAUUGGAAAUCUGACGAAUUUGGUUAACUUACAAUUGACAGAUAACCAAUUCUCAGGUAUUCUCCCACAAGGGCUAUGCAGGGGUGGAUCACUUGAAAAUUUCACUGCUCGUAACAACCAUUUCAUGGGUCAUAUUCCAAAAGGUUUCAAAAACUGCACAAAUUUAGUUAGAGUUCGACUUGCAAAUAACCAACUUGCCGCAAACUUAUCGGAGGAUUUCGGGGUUUAUGAGAAGCUGAAUUACAUUGAUUUGAGCAAUAAUCAAUUGUAUGGUGAGCUUUCAUCAACCUGGGGACAAUGCCAAAACCUGCAAGCUCUACUGAUGGCUGGAAACAAUAUCAUUGGUAAGAUACCUCCUGAGCUUGCGAUGUUAACUCAACUCCAUGUUCUUGAUCUUUCUUCAAAUUACGUGGUGGGAGAAAUUCCUAAGGAAUUUGGUGAGUUAACAGCUUUGCUUAAUCUCAGUCUGAGUGACAAUCAAAUUUCUGGCAGUUUACCAUUAGAAAUUGGAAGGCUAAACAGCCUAACAAAUCUUGAUUUGUCAACAAAUAGGUUGAGUGGACAAAUACCAAAAGAAAUAGGGAAUUGCUCCAACUUAUUAAAUCUGGAUUUAAGCAAUAACAGAUUGAAUGGAACCAUUCCAUUUCAAAUUGGCAAUCUGCUUUACCUUCAAAUUCUAUUGGAUCUUAGUCAAAACAGGCUCAAUGGGGAGAUACAGUCACAGUUUAAAAAUUUAAGGAACUUGGAAAAGUUAAAUCUCUCCCACAAUCAACUCUCAGGUACCACUGUUACUGUAUUUGAAGGAAUGUCUAGCUUGACAUCCAUUGAUAUAUCUUACAAUGAGUUCGAGGGUCCAGUACCAAACAACAGAGCCUUUCAAAAUGCAACAAUAGAAGCUUUAAGAAACAAUAAAGCACUGUGUGGCAAUGUAAGUGGUCUGCAACCUUGCAAAUCAUCCUCUUCGGAAGGAGAAAAUGCAAAACCAGAGCACAAAAUCCUGAUUACUGUUGUGGUUCCAUUGGUAGGUGCUCUGUUUCUUCUGUUUGCUUUUGUUAGUAUCGCAGCAUAUGUUGUCCAUCGAAAAAGGGAAAGAUUUAGUGAGACAGAGCAAAGAAGAAGACCAUGUGAUGAUACAGAUUUAUUUGCGAUAUGGAACUACGACGGAAGAAUAGUAUAUCAAGAAAUUAUUGAAGCAACAGAGGAUUUUGAUGCGAAAUAUUGCAUUGGGAUGGGAGGAUAUGGAAGCGUAUAUAUAGCAAAGUUGCCGACAGAUCAAGUGGUGGCUAUCAAAAAGCCUCACCAACCAUUACAGGAUGAGUGUGAGAAUGCCAACAUACAAACAUUCAGAAAUGAGAUUUGUGCAUUGACAAAACUGCGACACAGAAACAUUGUGAAACUAUAUGGGUUUUGUUCAUCUGCACAACACUCCUUUUUAGUUUAUGAGUAUCUUGAGAGAGGAAGUUUGGCUAAGAUCCUCAACAACGACAAGCUUGCAUUGGAAAUGGAUUGGAUAAGAAGGGUUAAUGUUAUUAAAGGUGUGGCAAAUGCUUUGUCUUACAUGCACCAUGAUUGUUCACCACCAAUCAUUCACCGUGACAUAUCGAGCAACAAUGUUUUGGUGGAUGAAGAAUAUGAGGCAUGUGUGUCUGACUUUGGCACUGCUAGACUUCUAAAGCCCGAUUCAUCCAAUUGGACUUCUCAGGCGGGGAAGUGCGGAUAUGUUGCUCCAGAGCUUGCCUACACGAUGAAGGUGACCCAAAAAUGUGACAUUUAUAGCUUUGGGGUACUAACAUUGGAAGUGUUGCUGGGAAGGCAUCCAAGUGAACUCAUCUCCGUUCUAUUAUCAUCCUUCCCAAUAAUGCCAUUAACAAAGCAAAUGAUAUUAAUGGGAGAUGUGUUGGACAAAAGGCUCUCCCCUCCCACGAUUGACAUGGUUGAAGAACUCUUAUCUAUUAUGAAGCUAGCAAUCUCAUGUUUAGCCACUAAUCCACAAUCUCGACCUGACAUGUAUUAUGUGUCUCAGAAACUAUCAUCUUGCUGCCAUCUUUUGCCUGGCAAUAUGCUUCGUGCUGAUAUCCAACAUGUUCAUUUGGAAAGGAAGCUGCAUGACUAAGGCAUUGUAUAUU